AUGGAAGGGCACCUCCAGGGCAGGCAAGUGCAGGCUUUUUUCUUGUGUCUCUGUGUACUUGUGACAACGUGUGAGUCCUUCCUCUAUUCCGUGCCAGAGGAGAAGAAAAGUGGCUCUGUGGUGGCGAAUGUGCUGCGGGAUCUGCGACUGGAGGGCAGGGAGCUGUCCGCUCGGAGGGCCCGGCUGGCUUCCAAGAGCAGCAAGCAGUACUUCCGGCUGGACCCUCUUUCUGGAAACAUCCUCCUGCAAGAGCGUAUUGACCGGGAGGCACUGUGUGGUGAGAAGGACCCCUGCGUCCUGCUCUCUGAGGUCGUGCUGGAGAAUCCCCUGCAGCUGCACCGCAUCGAGGUUCAGAUUGAGGAUGUGAAUGACCAUCCCCCCAGAUUCUCUAAAAAUGAAUUCAUCUUUGAAAUACCUGAACAGACUCAGCUAAAUACCCGAUUCCCUUUGGAGAGCGCUCAAGAUGCAGACAAAGGUGAAAAUGCUGUUCAGAACUACACACUCAGUCCUAAUGAGCACUUUCAGCUCGAUGUACAAAGCCACGCUGAUGGCGAUACGUAUGCGGGUUUGGUUUUAAAGAAACAGUUAGACCAUGAGGAGGAAGCACAGAUGUCUUUAAUUCUGUUGGCUGUUGAUGGAGGGACCCCUAAGAGGACUGGAACAGCACAGAUAAUAAUUGACAUCCUGGAUAACAAUGAUAAUGCCCCUCAGUUUAGUAAAUCUGUAUACCAAGUAAAACUGAUGGAAAACACUCCUUUGGGCACACUGGUCACUAGAGUGGAAGCCAGUGACAGGGAUAGUGGCUCCUAUGCAGAAAUCACAUAUUCUUUCAGCCGAGUGCCAGAAAUUGUCCUCAGAUCAUUUAAGCUAAACAAGCACACUGGAGAAAUAGCAACUGCAGGGACAAUUGACUACGAGGAGAACAGCAAGCAUGAGCUGAGCCUCCGAGCCACGGAUGGAGGGGGGCUCUCUGCAUACUGCAAGGUCCUUGUGGAGGUGGAGGACGAGAACGACAAUGCCCCCGAGGUGGCCGUGACCUCCGUCACCAGCCCCCUGCCAGAGGACUCACCCGUGCAGACGGUGGUGGCCCUCUUCAGUGUCAUGGACCGCGACUCCAGGGACAACGCCAGGACUACCUGCACCAUCGACCCCAGCCUUCCAUUUGUGCUGAGAGCUGCUGAGAACAGCUACUACCAGCUGGUGACCCAGAGGACCCUGGACCGAGAGCGGGUCCCUGAGUACAACGUGACCGUCACGGCCACGGACCGAGGCUCUCCCCGGCUCACCUCGCUGACAGUGAUCAGCAUUCCCAUCUCGGAUAUCAACGACAACCCUCCGGUGUUCGAACGCCCCCUCUACGAAAUGCAGGUGCGGGAGAACAACAUUCCAGGGCUGCUGAUCGGCUCAGUCCAUGCCUCUGACCUGGACGCAGAGCAGAACGCCAAGCUGACCUACGCAAUCCUGCCCGGGAAGGUCAGGGAUGGCCCAGUGUCUUCCUAUGUCUCCAUCAACUCCGAGACCGGGAAUCUGUACGCCCUGCGAUCCCUCGAUUACGAGGACAUCAGGGAGCUCCGUGUGACGGUGAGGGCCCUGGACAAGGGCUCCCCCCCGCUCAGCUCGCAGGCCACUGUCCGUGUUCACGUGGUGGAUGAGAACGACCACGCGCCCUUCAUCCUGCACCCUCUGCAAAACAGCAGCUCCCCGUCCAGUGACCUGGUCCCGCGCGGGGCCGAGGUUGACCCUCAAAAAGGACGGAAGAGUCUCAGGAAAAUAGAUGAGUUUUGA